GUUAAAAUUGCAGUGUGCCACAGUGGGAAAGAAGAAGAAGAAAAAUAUGGCUCUUUUUCGUGGUGCAAAAUUGGCUCUUAAUCUGGCCAGGACGAAUCCUGCCAGCAUGAUUGUCCCAGUGCGAAACCACUGGAACAAGGAUUUCAAGCCGGGCAAGUAUCCCGAGACAGAGGCUGAGCGCCUGGCUGCUGCAAAGAAAUACAACAUGCACCCGGAUGAGUACCAACCGUACCCGGACGAUGGUGAGGGAUACGGAGAUUAUCCCAAAUUGCCUGACGAGCCAGUGGAAAUGAAGGAUCCCUACUAUCCCUACGACUUCCCAGAGCUCAAAAGGAACUUCAAUGAACCCGUUCACAUAGAGUACACUCUCUGGAGUGAGGAUCGCUUUGGCUACUCAGAAAAGCCCCGAUUCUCCCUGAAAUACCAAUUUCUCAUGUUCACUGGUGUCUUGGCAGCAUGCUUUGGCAUCUACUACUUCCUGGAGGACUACAAGGUCUUCAGACCAGUGGUACCCAAGCAAUUGCCAGGUGAUGGAAAAGUUCAUUACACCUUUGAAUCCAAGUAGUCAAUGGGAUUUUGUGAAUUAGGAAGAAAAACCCUCUGUUAAUAAAUAAAAUCUUUAAAUUUUCUUUUUGAUAAAUAUCGGA